AUAGUACUUCGAAAUGUUUGAAAUAUAUUUUAAAGAUAGAAAAGUUGAGUAAAUAGAUUCUUCGUUCAUCAGUUACAUAGUGAAUAUAUCUUUUAAUACGAAUGUCUCUUUAGUAAAAAUUUGACAUAGUUAGUGCGUUUAGUUGUCAUAAUAACUAAACGCACAAUAAUUUUAAAAAUGUAUAUUGGAAAAAAAAUAUAUAAAAUAUUCUUCAAAAAUUUGAACGAGAUCAAACGCAUAAAAUCAAUACACACAAAUUCUGAAAAUAGUAAAAAAUUCGUAGACUUAAUUCUUGAAAGGUCUUAACGCGGAUAAUAUAAAUAUAAUGAUGAAAAUAAAUUUGAAACCAGUCGAACCAGUGAUUUAGAAGAAACGAUCUAAAACACUUUUCAAUUAUAUUAUAUUGUUAUUGGUAUCAUUACAUAAUUACCAUCUCUUUGAUCUGACUCGCUUUUUCCGCCUUUCUGAAAAAUUGAGCGAUCGAUUCUCGAAUCGAUGCGAUCAAUUCUCGUAUACGGUGCCAAUUUCGCACGAUCGCAAUUGUCAAGUUGCGAUGAUCCGAACGCGUCGCAAACGCAAGUCGGAAACGCGCAUUCGCGAUUCCUGGACCUGAAACGUCCAAAAUUCCACAAAGUUGUUAAACUGCCACGAUGGCCGAUGUGCUGAAGGCGUGGUUGCGCACGAGACUCGGUGUACUCAUGGAUCUCACCCCGGACAUGUUCGGCCGCUACACCAGAGACGGCACCUUACUGGCUCAGAUUCUGCAUAGCUACGGUAUAAUCAGCAGCAGUCAAUUAAGCACGAUCAUUCGUACCCAGGAUCCGGCGGUGUCCAGAGUCAACCUGAGGACUCUGCGAAUUUGGCUCAAACUGAUUAACGUCACGCUGAACGAUGACUGCAUCAACGAUAUCUCUAAAGGUAAAGGUGCGGCAGCCCUACAGCUUUUCUACAAGGUGUACCUAAGCCUGGAGGGCAAGGACCGAUUGCACUUCAUCGCUUUGCAAAAGGAACGAGAGAAGUUCACGCCGACAUCCAGCAGAUUCGAAGUCUGCAAAGUAUCCGAGGAUCCACCACCUUACCAUCCACCCGAGCAUCCUCUCUCGAAGCCGUUAAUCAAGGCAGCUGAUACCGUUUUCUGGCACAGAAAUAAAUUUUGGACGAUCACGGAGGCGUGCAGGCGGGAACGACGGCGAUUCGAAGCCAUCAUGGAGUAUCCUGUGGUCGAGCCGGUCGAGUAUUUCAUUCCGGAAGAGAUGCCGAAACGAAAGGAGGAGAGUGAGAGGCUGGACGAGUUCGCUCGCAGGUAUCCAGCGCGCAAGAUGAAAAAGGGAUACCAGGUGGUCGAAUGUUGCCCCGGGAAGAAAUCCCUGGCCAUAUCUUGCAUCAAGGAUUCCGCGGCUGCGGCGCAGUACGUCGAUUCCCUGAAGAAGCGUAGUGAGAAAGCGGCUAAAUCACACGAGUUGAAGCUGAAGUCGCAGGCGGCGAUGAUGACGGACGCGUGGGAGCAGUUGCUGAGGAAGCAAGACAGAUCUUUCGACGAGGCUCUCGGCAGACGAGUAUUGGAUCAGUCGCGAUAUGAGAAGCGGAUGAUGAGGAAACUCUGCGAGGUGUGGGAUUUGAGGAACAGGAUCGUGGAGAACCGCAGGAUCGUCGACGCGAUGUUGCUGAGAACUAUGGAAAGUGAGCAUCGGUUUAGCGAGGAUCGUUGUCGGGAGAUAACAAAGGGAGAGACUGAAGAUGUAGAAGUGGAAGCUUGCAGAAUGCGCGAACUUCGCCGGAAGAUCCGCGAUGAGAAGGUGCGCAGGAUGAGAGAAAAGCAUCAAGCAAUUUGUGCAGAAAUUUUAAGGGAUCUCACAGAUAUCGCUGUAAAAAUUGCACAAUACCGUCAAACAAAUAACAGUCACAUUUCGUAUUCCAUCUGGAGUGAAUGCAGAACAUUGUUCCUAAAGAGUCAGUCAAUAUUUGAGGACUUCGAUGAGAUCGUCGAGAUAGAAGACAAAGGAGAAACAGAGAACGCAGAAGAAAUAAGGAAUAAAAUACAAAUAACGAUAAGUAGAAAUAAAGUAAAAAAUGGAAAAGAUCUAACUAUCGAAGAAGAAUUCCAAGAGAAGCAGAGGCUGCAUCGGGUGAAGGUGGAACAUCGGCGAGCGCUAGCCAACACGGAUUUCGAAAAUUAUCAAGAUUUAGCCGCGCCCUGGGACAAGUUCGUGCCGGAAAGAGAACAGGAAGCCGAAGAAGCAUUCAGAUUGGGUUGCAUUGUGUUAGGUUACAUAGUUCAUAGGCUGCUGGAGAUUUUGUACCCUUCGCCAGUUGAAGUGGUGCCUCGUCCAGUACCGAGGGUCAAGGUCGCGGCCAUUAUUCUGGGUAUAACGAAUUUUACAUUGCACGAGCAGCUUCGGGAGUUACUGAAGGACAGCGGGAUUCGCCUGCUGAGGAUGGAAGACGCAAUCAAUCAUUGUCUGGAAAGGUACAAGCAAGAGAUGUCGCACGUGAAGUACAUCGAUCUGAACAUCGUUUCAGUGACGGCGAAAGACGUCAAAAGACUGGAGACUAAGAGCAAGAUAGACGACCCCAGGGAGCGCCAUUUGAAGAGGAUGGAAAAGACGAAGGUAAUGACACCUCGAUCCGAUGCCGUGGCUGAGGAGAAACAAACGCAGACACCUAGACAGAUACCUUACGACGAUACGGAUUCGAUUUUAAGUGACACCGCGUACCUUGUCGAGGAGUGGCGAUAUGCCGUUUCGUUCGAGAUCGAUCGUGUUCGUCAGAGAUUGGAUGUUCUGAACGCAGCUGCUCGAUCAGAUAUUACGUUCCUUUUAGAUACUAUGGGGCAGGUCUAUCAUCGUAUUCACCACUACAUCGUCGAAAGAUACAAACGAGAGAUCGAGAGCAUCAGCGAAAUGGCGAACGUCUUUUGCUUCGCGAUCGAGGAGGAGAAAGCGAUUCAGCAGGAAUUAUUAUUAGACGGCGACCGAUUCGUCGUAAGACCGAACGUUUUAAUGUUCCCUGAAGAUCCCGAGCGGUCCUCCGUCUCGAUCAAGGAGGCUCUUUCGCCCCUGCGAUUCCGGAUGGUUCAACUCGGCCGACUGAUAGACAUCUUCCGGCGAAUUGCUCCUCGCGGAAAUAUCAGUGAACGCGCUUUAGUCUACGUCCUUCAGGAUCUCGUGUCCUGCGACGAGAAGGACUGUUAUCCAUCCAGUGUGCCGUGUGCCUGGCGUCAAUUGCGACCGCCGGAUAUCGAGAGACUGAUCAAAGGGCUGUUCGGCGCCGCCGAGCGUAUCGAGUGGCGUGAAUUCGUCCUGUACGCGAUGGAUCUGCCGAUGCCGACACACCAGGACAUCUUGAGGGCGCGAACGGCCUUCGGGAUGCAGGAUCUCGACUCGAGGAAGGUAGUCGGCCGUAAUGAAUUCCACUCGACGCCGUUGUGGUUUCUGGAAACCACCUUGCUGGCCGAGCGUAACUCCCACAAGGAUCCUCGCAAGGAUGUUGAGACGCUCCCGGUCGAGGGUUUCGAUCGUAGUAAUUACGACGAGGUAAUGGACAUAAUGCUGCGCGAGGAAUCGCGAUUAGGCGACCGCACGGUCACUGACUCGAGAUCGAAGAGGGACUUCAUAGAGACCGACGAGGGUGAUUCUAGUUCUGACAAUGCUAUACUGAGAUCGAUGCUGGCCAAGGAACUUCUUUGCCGGAUGUACCAGGUAAAUCGAAACAUGGUUCAUUACCCCGCUAUGCUGCUAGCCUUCUGCAAGGACGAGGAUCCCCGUGAAGGUCUGGGGAAGGCGUUCACUCUUGCUAUGGGCGUUAGAGUCUGCACUAACACGGUGGAGGGUGAGAGAUACGUCGAACAGCUCGUCAAGGAGAAGGAACGCAUUAGGAAGCUAAAAUUGAGCCGGGAUUAUCUCCGACAGGAGGCUAACGAGAUAACUCAGGAUAUUGUGAGUUACAUAAUGAACAGAGUGGAUAAAAGUAUCUCUAUGCUCGAAAAAAUGCGAUCCUCGGAUUUAGCUCCGAAACGUCGGGUAAUGGUUCAACAGCUAAACGGAUUGGAUGAGAUAGAUCCGGCUGAUCUCUUGCCAGCGGAAGUAAUAGCGGAACACUUGGUUAUAGAAGACACGUCGAUUUUCAAUGCCGAGCAAGAGUACGAAGCCACUUUGGUGUCGAUAUCUCCCGCAACGCUCGAAGAUCACAAAGAGAAUCAGCGAGAUGAAAGAGUGAUCUUUUGGCUCCCGCGUAAUAUUUGCAUAGCAGUUUUGUCCGCGUGUCUACCGAGGCUCGCGUUGCAAGCAGAUCUCUUUCAGACUUCGUUGAGUCUCCAUGAAGGAAUAAUGCGCGCAUACGAUGAACUAACAGACAACGAACUGAAUGAUGAAAGAGACGUCGUUCUGGCUCACCGUCUGGUAAAUCACGAUUUUAUCCGCGAAUUGCUCUCCGCUUCCAGCAACUUCGUCUCGAAAAAUAUGUCAGAUUUGUUACGCAGCAUUUUGAUGAACAGAGACAAUGUAACGGUAGACUGCUGAAGUAUUUACAAGAAUAUUUGAACAGAAAAAAAGUCUAUGUAGGAUAUUAUAAAUUAACGAUAGACGAUAUAUUUAUACG